AGUCCUUGUCUUCGUGAAGAAGUGAAAUAUCGGGGUAUUCGUCUCUCACUUACAGCAAGCAUCUCGUGGCGUCGCUUUUUGUUUCUUCGGUGUUUACAGCUUCGGGUUCAGCUGAGAGGUGUUGAUUGAAACGUUUAUAUUGGGUAGUCACGCUUUAAAUUAAUGAUCCUGCAUGAUGAAAAACCUGGUGGACGGUUUGUUUUUGAGAAUUGUUUCCAUCCUCAUUACCUUGAACAUGGUUUGUGUAGUUUAUGUUAUGCAGCUGUAUUUGUCUCCUGCACUGUUGUUCACUUUAUCUGUAGCUGCAUCAACAGUUAGUGCAAUUCAAUUGCACUCGUCCAGUUAACAGGCGUGUAAGAAGAAGUUGGACACAAUCAGUUUGUCGUAUGGUUGCAAUGACUCUCCAUUGGGUAAUGCGAGAUACAGAAUAGGUACGGGAGCCAAGGCAGAUGUAUGUGCUAUUCUUCUUGCUGUACUCGCACUGCCAUUUCCACUGCAUGUUUAGGAGAGCAGUGGUUCUGGCAAAGUGAUGGGGUGGAAAUUUUCGAUCGUCUUCCGUACGAAGUGAAGUAUUUAAAGAAGAGUUCCUGCUACUUGGGCUCAUGAGCCUUAUAUAUCUUGUUCUCCGGGGCUGUGACUAUCACAUUUUGUAUUUCAGAACCAGUUUUCUUUUGCUGUCCCUGUAUCAGCCAUUCAAACAUAACCACUAGAAGCAUUCAUGGCGGGAAUUAUGGUUUUGUACAAAUAUGAAAAGACCGUAAUAUUCGGCACCUUAAAAUAAGAUCAAAUAUUUUACUUUUUAUAUUUAACAUAAUUAACAAGUUACUUUCCCCACGUAGAAGAAAUAACACUUUAUUCAGUACCAUAACAUAACAAUAUUGUGUCAUAUAAUAGUACUGUGUUCAGUUUUGGGCCUCUCACUACAGUAAAGACAUUAAUGUGCUGAAGCACAUCCAAAGAAGAGCAACGAAGCUGGUAACGGGUCUGGCGCACAGGUCUGCUGAAGAACAGCUGAGGAAACUUGGGUUGUUUAGCUUAGAGAAAAUGAAACUGAGGGAAGAUCAUAUCGUUCUCUACGACUACCUGAAAGGAGGUUGUAGCGUCUCUUUUUCCGAAGUACAAGAGCUAGGAAAAGAGUAAAUACCCCAAGGUUUGCCAGGGGAGGUUUAGAUUGGAUAUUAGGAAAAAAUUAUUCACUGAGGAGUGUGCUCAGGCAUUGGUACAGGCUGCCCAGGGAAGUGCUGGAGUCACCAUCUCUGGAUAUAUUAAAAAGACGUGUAGAUGUGCUGAUUAGGGACGUGGUUUAGUGGUGGAUCUGGCAGUAUUAGGUUAAUGAUUGGACAUAACCAUUGAAAAAGCACAACCGUUGAAAAGCAUGGCUUAGAGAAAACCCGAUAAGGAAAUCGCAGGUGUCUAUUUAAGGGAGUAUCUUCAUUGCUGCUAUUCAUUGGGGAAUGGGGGAACUAAUGGGGCUGUAUGACUAAUUUUUGAUCUGCAGAAUGAGUGAGAGAAACAUAACGCAAGCACGACUGCUACAAAAAUCUGUGCAACUCGUGGAAGUUGCACAGUUGAUUUUGUGCUACUGCGAUAAGACUGCUAAUAUUCUACACGUCAUGCUACCUUACAUAAAUGGCACAGAUGCGAUUUUCCCGUGCGGUUGAAAUAACAUAACCACAGGACGUCUCAUAUUUCCUCCUUGUAAUCACAUCGAGGAUCAAAGAAUAUCUCGUCUGGAGAAAACCCGAACCGUGAGAUCACCGCUGGAGAAAAAAUCAAUGUCACCGUGGCCACUGACCCGUGGUCGCUGGCUGUGGGUGAGACAGGCCGGACGGACAGCGCUGGGCAGCGCUCGGUGGCUGCAGUGCCGGGAGGAGGCUGCGGGCGCCGCUGUUGACCGAGGAGGAGCGAGAGGAAAGCCGGAGCGCUGCAGGCAGCCCCGCCCGCUGCGGCCCGGCUCGCUCGCUCCCUCGCUCGUUCUCUCGGCGGCCGGGCGGUCUGCGAGCGUCCCUGCGGUGCGGAGCCGUGCUGCAGCGAGGCGGAGGGACCGGCGGCGGCGGCCGUGAGCGGUGAACAGGGAUCGGUAGCAGGAGACGGCGGCGCGGCGUUGCCGUUGUUGGUGCGUUGCCGGCGGGGCCGCGGCGAAGAUGUGGGCGACGGGGAGGCUCUGGGGCUGUCGGGAGCGAGCCCUGCUGUGGAGCGUGCUGGUGGCGGCGUGGGAGGCGGCGUGGGGGCAGCUGCGCUACUCGGUUCCCGAGGAGCUGCCGAAGGGCUCGUUCGUGGGUGACGUGGCCAAGGACCUGGGGCUGCAGCUGCCGGCGCUCAGCGACAGCGGCGUCCGCGUUGUCUCCGAAGGCAGGACGCCGUAUUUCGCCCUGAACGGAAAGACGGGACAUUUAGUGACGGCGGAAAGAAUAGACAGAGAGCAGCUGUGCCGGCUGGUGGAGAAAUGCUUGCUUCGCUGUGAGGUGAUAUUAGAGGGAGACAUGCAAGUUUACGAAAUAGAAGUGGAAAUCACGGACAUUAACGACAACGCCCCCAGCUUCAAGAACAUUGAACUGGAAGAGAAAAUUAGCGAGAUGACAGCCCCGGGCUCGCGGUUUCCCCUGGCCGAGGCUCUUGACCCGGACUCGGGCCUGAAUUCCCUGCAGAGCUACGAGCUAAGCGGCGACGAGCACUUCUCGCUGGCCGUGCAGACGGGUCCCGGCGGGGAUCAGCGUCCCGAGCUGGUGCUGGCGAAGGCGCUGGACCGGGAGGAGGCGGCGUUUCACGAGCUGAUGCUGAGGGCGAGCGACGGCGGCGAGCCGGCGCGGACGGGCACGGCGCGAAUCCGCGUGGAGGUGCUGGACGCCAACGACAAUACGCCCGUGUUCAGCCAGGCGGAGUACACGGUGCGCGUGCCCGAGGACGUGCCCGUGGGCUCCACCCUCGUCAUCGUCACGGCCACCGACCCCGAUGAGGGGCUCAACGGGUAUGUGAAGUACUCCUUGAAGAAGGCGAUGGACUUGUCCUCGGAGAUUUUCCAUCUGGACGUUGAGACGGGAGCGAUCACGCUGGUACGAAGCUUGGACUUCGAGGAAGGCGACUCGUACGAAAUGGACGUACAGGCACGAGACGGCGGGGGCCUUUCCGACACGGCAAGGGUCGCCAUCACCGUGACUGACAUCAACGACAACGCGCCCGAGGUUUCCGUGAGGUCGGCACUGAGAGAGAUCUCUGAGGACGCUCCGUCAGGAACGGUGGUGGCCCUGCUGCACGUGCAAGACCGGGACUCGGGAGCGAACGGAGAGGUGUGGUGCUCGCUGGACGGCGACGUCCCGUUCCGACUGCACAGCUCGCGGGGCAGCUACUACAGCGUGGUGACGGCUCGCGAGCUAGACCGGGAGCAGGUCUCGGAGUACAACGUGACGGUGCGGGCGGCGGACGGCGGGUCGCCGGCGCUGUGGAGCAGCGCGGUGCUGUGGCUACGGGUGCUGGACGUGAACGACAACGCGCCGGUGUUCGCGGAGGCGCGCUACAGCGCCCGCGUACCCGAAAACAACGCGGCGGGCGCGCUGGUGCUGAGGGUGCGGGCGUGGGACGCGGACUGGGGGCAGAACGCGCGCGUGCGGUACCGGCUGGGGGAGGGGCGUGUGCGGGGCGCGCCGCUGUCGUCGUACGUGUCGGUGGAGGCGGAGACGGGCGCGCUGUACGCGCUGCGCUCGUUCGACUACGAGGAGGUGCGCGAGGUGGGGCUGUGGGUGCGGGCGGAGGACGGCGGCGCGCCGGCGCUGAGCAGCAACGUGUCGGUGCGGCUGGUGAUCGUGGACGAGAACGACAACGCGCCGCAGGUGCUGUACCCGCCGGCGGCGCCGCUCGCGGCGGGCGCGGGCUGGGCGGGCGUGGAGCUGGCGCCGCGCUCGGCCGAGCCCGGGGCGCUGGUGGCCAAGGUGGUGGCGGUGGACGCGGACGCGGGGCAGAACGCGUGGCUGUCGUACGAGCUAGCCAAGUCGACGGAGCCGGGGCUGUUCCGCGUGGGGCUGCACAGCGGCGAGGUGCGCACGGCGCGCUUCCCGCUGGCCCGCGACGCGGCGCGGCAGAGCCUGGUGGUGGUGGUGAAGGAUCACGGGCGGCCGGCGCUGUCGGCCACGGCCACGCUGACGGUGGUGCUGGCCGAGAGCGUGGCCGAGCUGCUGGCCGAGCUGGGCAGCGCGGCAUCGGCGGCGGCGCCUGGCGAGCCGGCCGGCAGCCUGACGCGCUGGCUGGUGCUGGCCGUGGCGGCCGUGUCCUGCCUCUUCCUCGCCUUCCUGCUGCUGCUGCUGACGCUGCGCCUGCGGCGCUGGCGCCGCUCGCAGCUGCUGGCGGCGGGCAGCGGCGCCUUGCGCGGCGUGCCGGCCUCGCACUUCGUGGGCAUCGACGGCGUCCGCGCCUUCCUGCACUCCUAUUCGCACGAGGUGUCGCUCACGGCCGACUCGCGCAAGAGCCAGCUCCGCUUCUCGGGCGCCAGCUGCUGCGACACCCUCCCGGCCCGCCCGCCGCCCGACGAGCCCGCGCCGCUGCUCGGGGAGGACCCCGCCGCUCCCCCGGUGAGUUCCAAUGACCGCCCUUUCUCCGUGACGCUUUCCUCUGCUGCUGCUCUGCCCUUUCACUGCUGCGUUCUGCUGUGUCCUGCCUAGGGAGGUUUUGCCUUCAGGGAAAUCAAAACUUCGUUCGGCAACGUGCUGUGUUCUGGUGGUUCUUGCUCUAGAGAGAUGAACGUGGGAUCGUUACUCAGGAGAGGAGAAGGAGGCAGGAGAAGUGGGGCUGCUGUUGGCUUGAGUUUCGUUUGUGUAGGACUUUGGUUUUUUUAUCACAUUGUCACUGUGUUAUGCGUUUUUUCACUGACCCAGUCUGCUGUACGACCAAUGUAUCUUGAUGUUUCUUUUGAGAAGUGUAGUGACCAGACCAUGUCCCGGUGGCUUUUGUUCCGGGGAGGUGAACGCGUGAUCGUUGCUCAGCGUUACAGUUCGUGUGGGAGGCAGGAGAACUGGGGCUGCUGUUAUCUUGAAUUUUGUUAGAGCUGGGCUUUCUGUCUCUAGUAGGCAUCAGGUCAUUUCUCAUUUUGUCUCCUGACGUGUCAUACCGUUUUUCCUGACAUUUUUAGCUCUUCUGAACAAUCGUAUUGCGUUAGUAGCAAAUUGAAGUUUGCGUUAUUAGCACGGUCAUCUGUCUUCCCAACAGCACACGUGGUUGAGUAGGAUGAAAGUGUCUUGAAACGGCACAUAAGCCCCCCGUGUAGAACUGCUAAUCGUUUCAGUUUUCCUCAGCCUUUUUGUUUCUCUAUGAUAAUGUGGAUGAGAAACGAAACGUUUCCUUUUUGUUCCAUAUUGCCAUGUUUUUCAGUGGGUGGAGGAAUGGGCUGGCAACAAGUGGUCCCUUGUUCAUGUCUGCUUGCUUGUUAUAAGAGUGGAAGGGAAUUUUAGACUCUGCAAUGUGAGUUCCAUCUUCACAAAAAAGCUUGGCUAGAAUACAUGUUACUCCAGCUGUACUAGGAGCCCUGGGAGGUUCUUCAUUUGUGUUGUCAUAUUGUCAUCAGUUCUUAACUAACAGCUUAAUUCGGGGCUUAUGACAAACGUCAUAAUGGGAGCUUUGGGAAGAGCAAACUGUGUAUUCACUACCUACUAAAUACCUGAACUAUGUACCUACUCUAAGUGCCAUAAUGAAGGAAAGUAUGCUGUGAUCCCUUCCUUUCAGCAAGUGUUAACUUACCUUACUUGUUGUAAUGAUCUGAAGGUGGGUCUUUGUCUCUGGUUAUGUGUCGAUGCUCUGUGUAUUUUUCAUUCCACGGGUCUAUUGCUGGCCUUUUGAAGGUGUCUUGUUUUUGGUUAUCAUAGUGGUCAGAUUCUAACUGAACAAGUUGUGGUUUCAUAAUUUUGUUUUCUUUUUGCAGUUAUUGAGCAUACACAUGCUAUGAUUCCUUCACUUGUGCAAGUUUCCGUUCUUGCCUUGUUUGUUGUCCAGGUCUAGAGCUGGGUCUCAUUGUGGCUGGUAACCCUGAAAACAUUAGAAGAUCUAUUAAAUUAUUGAGCAGGGGGAGCAGUUUCCAUAUCUCCAAUGAGUUCACCUGUCAGGACAAAGACUUUGAUAUAUUUCUGUUUCCCGAAAAUAUCACUGAAUGACAUGUCUCCCACCUGUGGCUGCCAUGCAGUCAAAUACUGGAUGUGGUCCAUGGUGCAACUACAAGCUGUGAAUGCAGAGCAAGGAGGGUGUGAGGAUGGAUUCCAACCAGGAAAAUUGGUGGGGCAGUGUGGUUUCGGCUGAGCAAAGAUUUGAUUUCAUGUCUGGUGCUAAGGCCUGUACCGUGUUUGCUGUGAUUCCGGAUUCCUUGUCCUGAGAGGCAAUGGUAGUUCUCUACUUUUUGGUGUUUAUGCAAUAGCUGUGCAUGUAGAAUGAUGAUACAUGGGUAGCACAGCUUAUACUUCCUAUGUAAUAUCCCCUUUAUUCACCUCUGUCUCCCUGGAUCAUCGUGGUGUAGAGUUCAUUCAUAGUUGUAAUUUGACUUUCUUUCAGGCCUUUGUUUCCUGGAAGUUGUGAUUAGUUUUCCCCAUAUCUGGUGAGUGCUUUCGCAUUUGAGAGUGUGAGCGUUGUUUUGCAGCAAAUACUUCCUUCAACCACCUCAGACAGAGUUGUGAGGAAGAUGAAGCUGAAUCUAAAAGAUAAUCUAUUCUACUUUCUCAGAAGACUGAGCUCGAGAACGAUGCCCAUGAUAAGGUGAUUACACAUAUGGCAUCCUGUCUGUGGGAGAUGAGUAGGCCACAUAUUAGAAGAACUGCUGAGAGCUGAUGACUAUUUCUUACAAUGAAAUCCCCAACAAUGUAGUCCAGGAGGCUUCACUUGCAGCCUGAGGCCUCAGUGACAUCCAGGUGCUCUCAAGGAUGAAUUUAAAUUCCUGUAGUGAAGUCUUAUAAGUCCUGCCAGUGAGUUUGUCUCACUACACUUUCUGGUGUAAUGAUUCCUUGCAUUGCUUGUUUGAUUAAUGUUUUUGUUUUUCUGUUCCUGGUCUCCUAUAUAUUUAGAUUUACUUGUGACUAUCAACAUAGCUUCAUCUAGCUAUGUCAUGAAUCCAUGUCUCUUGCUCUUGCUACAGUGAAUGUGAAAGGCAGGAGAUGUGAGAUCACCUUUAUUUUCUGUUAUUGUAAACACGACUUAGCAGAAGUCACAUCUCUGAGGAGCUGUGUGUGUGAUAAAAGAGGGGAGAGAUUCUCCCUACGCCGUUAGUAUGAUGACCCAGCCUCUGUUGGGUGACCACUCCUCUUUUACUAUGGCCAUUUAUCCUCCAUGUGGUUUAGAACAUUUUUGUUUCUCCUCAGAAUGGUAGUGAGCAGAGAAAUGUACCUGCCUUCUUGGUGUGAUCGUAGUGUGUUAUAGAAGAACAGAUGGUCGUUUCCUUGCUUGUCAUGUUUAACACAAGCAUGGGCCUAAUGGUGUACCAUUCAAUUUGAGUGGCUUCUGCUCAAUAACUUUAUCCUAAGAAAUGGUAUUCCAUCUGAUUCCAUUCACUUUUGUAUAUUUCUAACUGUUCCCUUACUUGUUGUCAUGAGCUACAACUUGACCCCAAGGUGUCUGAUCAAAUGGGGAAGGUCACAUCUGUUUUAGAUGUCUGAGUGCAGGUGCAAUUCCUGUACACACCUUCUCUCUGAUGCUUCUCUGCCUUUUCCCUGCCAUAUUCUGCAUCCUGGAGGUUUGGUUAUGGAGAAGGCAAAGCUUCAUUCAGCAACGCACUGUGUCCUGGUGGCUUUUGGUCCAAGGAGGUGAUUGUGGGACUGCUGCUCAGCAUUACAGCUGGGGUGGGAGGCAGGAGAAGUGGAGCUACUGCUGACUUGAGUUUUGCUGCACUUAUUCUUUUGUCACUUGGUUUUUCAUUUUGUUCUCUAACGUGGGUUACUGUUUUUCCUGUCAGUAUUAUCCCUUCUGAAUUGACGUCUUGCAUUAUUAGCAAAUGGAAGAUUACGUUUUUAGCAGGGGCACAUGUCUUCCCAGCCACACAUGUGCUUGAGUAGGGUCAGAUUCUCUUGAAAUGGAAUGUUAAUGGCCCCAUGUAUAACUUGCCUUGACAGGUUAAUAAUUUGUAAUUUUAUGCAGCUUUAUUGCUUGUUUCAUGUCAUUACCUGCCUGUCCAUAUAAUAGCACUUGAUCUUAUAUUGUUUAUUAUCUAUUAUAGUUGAAAGUAGUGCAUGAGAAAAAGAGUACUACAUAUUCUUAAUAAAGGUACUGGUUAGAGAGGUUCUUUUCUUUUUCUGUGCUACUUACCAGGUAGUGAGCUGUGUUACUUAUAAGGUGGGCCUUUUACAAAUACAAAAAUAUUUAUAUCUUGAAUGGCAUGCUAGUUGAAAUGUUUUUCUCAAGUCCAUCUUUGCUUCACUUAGUUCUCAUUCUUCCCUUGUAAGACAGCUUUUUCAUUAAAAUGUUGUUAUUUAGGAUGAAUGUAAGCUAUUAUUGGAAAUGCAAGGUAGAGUCAUCUGUGCCUGUUUUGGGGUGGGUCUUGUACUUGUCUCAUGUGUCAGAGUUCCUCACACAAUCUGUUCCUCAGACAGAAGUGACAGCAGUGUCAAUGUUGUGUACCAGAAUGAAGUGUGUGUUUCCCACAUUGGAGGGAAACUUCCUCAACUGGGAUGCCAUUCCCACAUGUCCCUGCAAAUUCCCUGUUGCUUGUGGGAAUUUCCUUGGUUGAAUCCAACUGAGCUCCAAGCAUUCUGUUGAGGAAGAAGGUGGGAGGGGAGCAAUUCCUUGCAAUUCCUUGUUGCUGAGUGUUGAAUUGUGAAAUACAUGUGUGCACAUGACCACUGGUUGGUCACCUUGGUGGUGAUCCACCACUGUGUUCUUCCAAAGACAGAGUGGAGUUGGAGAACUGGAUGUUUCCAGACCAAAUGUUCUUCUUAUAGACUCUAUAAACCUUUUAUUUGGCCUUCAAACUAUGGGUGAAGUGUUAUAAAGAAGAGAGUGUUGUCACAGUUUCUGCUGGGGGGCAUUACAAACAGCAUGGCACUUCAUGAAAGGUCAAGAUAUUUGUGCUGUGAAGGGUUAUUAAUUUGUGCUUUUUAUGUCAGCUUACAGCUUAUUUGGUAUUGCUGUCUCUCGUAUAGCAGUGCUUGAUCUUUCAAUGCUAAGUAUUUAAAAUUGGUGCAAAUGAUUUGUGAGGAAGAGAGUAGCAAGCAUUCCUAACAGUGUUACUGGUUAGAAAGGUUGUUUUAUCCUUCUGUGCUCCUUACCAGCCAGUGAGAACAUUUGGAGUCUUACUGCACACAGAAGGAUUUUGUGAGGACAAACUUGCUGACCACGAGACGCCUGUUCACACAGAGCACCUUGUGGCCUCUUCAGUCGAUGCAAUCUCCAAUGCAUCAUCACUCUCCUGUGUGUACUUUUCAUUUGCUUUACUGUUCAUCAUAAUGUCUUUUACAGAGAGGUGUAGUUAGAGGAGGUCUGUAGCCAAGUAUGUAGCGACAGUAUGUCCUAAUGCUGACAAAAUGUUUGUUUCUUACCGGGUAGAAUUACUCACAGGUUUGCACUAUUAGAUAUAUACAGGUAUUUUCAUUGUGAAUGGCUUAUUAAUUCAAGAUUUUAAUACAAUUCUGUUGUUUGUUGCUUUAUUUAUCACUAUUAUCUUACAACACUAUUGUCUUGUUUUGAUUUACUGUUAAUUAUUUGAAAUGCAUGUAAGCAGCACCUUAGUAGUGCAACCACAAAAUUUCUGAGGAAGGACGAGAUUGUUCAUAAAUACCUGUUCAGCAUGGGUGUAUGGGAAUUGUGGAAGAAUGGCAAGGAAGAGAAUUGUAAAUAAGCUCAAGCAACUGUGACUGGAGUAGAGAAAAAAAACUCAUAAAUUCACACAUUGUUUUACGGAUCUUAUGUGCUCGACAAGUAGACCAUCUCUGUUAGAUAACAUAGGCAUGUGAGAAACUCUAAGGCACCUUACUCUUAUGCCUGUGAUUUCUGCUUUCUUGUGAGAAAGAGCAGAACACAGAAGACUGCACCUGCUUGGAGCCUUGAAAUACAGGCCCAGUGAUCUACCAGGGCUGAAUUCUGUAGUGCCUGUGUCUGUGCUUGUGUCUUUAGAUGCUAGGACCUUAGAUGCUGUUUUGGAGAACCCUGGUAGAGGGUUAACUAGAAUAAAUUUGCUCUUCACAGUUGCAUUCAUGGCCUUUGGUUGUUCUUGCAAUCUGCCUAUGCUGGCUCACACAAUGGGUAAGUGACCCUCUUUUCUGUCUCUCCAUCUGAGGUAGACUGUGACUACUUUGUGCGAAUAGCCUUGUUGCUGAUGAAAAGCCUGUUUUCACAGCCAUGUUAUGUCUGUGCAAUAAUUUACACUGCUACAGUGGAAGAAGCUUGUGAAGGAGAAACUGAGUCCUGUAGGCCAUGUCUUUGUAUAUUUCGAGGGAGCAGCAAGAGUGUCAUAAUGAGGAAAUGAGUUACCACCAGGAACCUCUGAAUGGGCACAGUAGUCAUCCAUGGAGUCAUCUCUUGUUUGGAUCAACCAGAGUUUAGGGAAGUCUACUGUACCUGUAGUUUCCAAAUUCAUGGUCUCUCUAGAACUUGAAACAAUGCAGCUGUUCUUAAUGUGCCCUGCUGUCUCCAUGGCCAUGAACCAAGAUUUGCUGGUUUUCAAGAGACUCUUGCAUUCUGUGAUUUCCUUUGGUUGUUGAGAAGAGGUGGUCUUGGAGUACAAAGAGCUACUGAGGAGGAUCAAGUACUUUUCAUACGUGGUGAAAGGUUUUAUCCUUGCCAUUUUCUGAUGACCCCACACCUGGAGUGUUCUUUGUAUUAUGGGUGCAAAUCGCUGUCUUGGUGUCAUAAGCAAACUGCCUUCUCUAGUGCUGCCCUUCUGACUGGUAAUUGUAGUAUGCUGGGCACGUGGGAACCUUUCUGCUGCACCUCCAUGUUACUAGAUGUGCAUAAUUACCUUGUUCCCUAAAGGAGGUAAUUUUGAAGAAAUGCUUUAAGACGUAGGUCUGUAUUUUUCUUUCUACAAGAGCUUCUCCUCUGAAGUACGCUACAGCUACUGCUACUCACAGCUCGUACAAUUGAAAUAAAAGAGUUGGAAAGAUGAGUGGCAGCAAGAGCAGAAGCUGUUGAUAUAUGUCGGACAUUUACUGCACAGUGCACCUGUGCUCUGCUGUAUGAAAUCUGCUCACUCCUCCACCGCUCGGGAACACGUUCCACCGCCAGACUCUUCACUUCCACGGUGAACAGAGCUGCCUGGUUCGCCUUGCCAGGGAUAUGAGCAAACUCGCCAAAUUGAAAGCCGAAUCUCGCUUUUCAGUAGCCGAUGGCACCGACUCGCGGCAGCAGCUGAGAGCGCGGCUCAGAGCGCAGG